GAAAAACAACUUGUUGUUAUUGUUCUUGUUGUUUUGGUAACAUAAAUGUCAACAAACAUAUGACCAGCGACACCUACUGGAAGUCAGUACAAACUACAUUAUAAAAAAAGAACAAAUAUUGAACCAUGGGCCCAGGGAGUAUUUUGUGAAAAACUGAAUUUAUCGUUUCAACAAUUUUAAACUACAAUUCAUCACACACUUUGCCGCCAUGCAUGAUGACGAUCUGGUGGAUAAUGCGGAUAGUGUUAAUUGUCUCAUUACACAGCUAUGUAGGAAUCUUGCUAGCCAGCAAGGGCUGGAGGAGCCCGAACUCAGCACAGCUGUGCGCAAAUUGAAGUCGGACUCUUUUGAAAUCCUGCUGAAGAAAUCAAUGAGACCGCAUACAUAUCCACAAACGGAUGAAAAAACGGAAUUCGAUCCACAACGUGCGGUUGAUAUGCAUAUAUUCGCCGCCAAGUUACAUUCGCGCGCGGAUCCUCAGGUAUGUGCACGUUAUGCGGCGCUCGAACAGCAGAUGAAAUCCAUCAGUGAAGAGUCAUACUUCAGUGAGGGCCCCGGUCGUGGUGUACUACAUUUGCUGUUGUUGCUGCAGGGUAAUUUGCAUGAAGAGGAGCAAGUGCCUGUGCCAAGCCCACCCGCGCUGCUGAUACCCGGCCCAUUUACGCUCUUUGCUAGCUAUGAGAAUAAUCGUUAUUAUCCGAAACCACAAACGUGCGACUGGUUAAAUCCACAACCCCGUUUUUUCAAAGGCGUGCAGGAUAUUAAGGCGUCCGAUAAUCCAUACAUGCCCAAAUAUCUACUGGGAGGAGAAUGCAACUUACUGGCGAAAAUAGAGCAGAAAUAUGGUGCUAAGCCAACGCGCCCACCAGCCACAGCCCAAGAUUGCACCUUUACUGCCAUGACGCGCCGUGUUCUAGGCUCCUCGAUGCGCGUUAAUAUGAAUAGUUUUCGCUUGUUGAGCGAUAGUGAACAACAGCCGUUACCGGCUAAAGAAUUGCUAACAAAACUGAAGCUUAAGUGUGGUUUAAAUUCGGUACCGGUGGUGGAAAAAGAGAUCGCUUUCAAGGAAGAACCACGCAUUUUAUCCUGGAAUUGGCAAAGUUUGGGCUGUCGUGGCGUACUCCGCCAGCGCCCGUUCGCCAGUGAAGCCGAGGUGGUGAUUGAUCUCAAGUGUCAUUUGUUCAAAAUGCUUGGAGCCAAGUUCGAAACAAAUAUUAUGACUCGCGCUGACUUUUUACACGAUUUGAAGGCGCUAACUGCCGGCAUACAGUCGGAGACAUUUCAACAUGACGAUCGUAUGGUGUUCAGUAUGCUGCCGAAAAUCACAGUGGAAGGCUUGCUGCCGGAUACGGUCAGCAGCUAUGCAGCGAGUUUCCUGGAGUGUGGCACCUGUUACAAAAGGCUGCACAUAAUGAUACAGAAAAGGGACUACAAACUGAUGUUUGAAGGAUUCAUAUUUCGGGCGCUAUGCAGCGCAAUAGCCGAGUACUUGCUCACGUUUCGUCAAUAUGUGUUUGCGCAGCAAGAUGACACACUAAUUGGCUUCUAUGCGCGCAUGCGCAAAAUGAUGCGGCAAAUAAGCAACUUGUCGUUUACGUUGGCCAUACAUACGGAUGUGGAAGCACACGUAUCGCUGCCCAUGGGCUCACAGUUUCUUGGCUACUUGUAUCGUGAAAUUGUGCACACCACUGAGAAGGACUAUAUAAUGCUAUUGGUUUAUAUUCUAAAGUCCUGCUGUCACGUUUACUUCAAACACCUGCAGAAAUGGAUCUACUAUGGGCUGUUGGACGAUCCCUCCAAUGAGUUGUUCAUAUGCUUUGUCGAUCACUAUCGCUCCAAUACGAAGUACUUUUAUGAUAAAGCCCAUUUCGUGCGCAAGGAAUCUGUGCCUGGCUUCUUUCAAGGCUAUGAGGAUGACAUCUUACAGUGUGGCAAGUACACGAUGUUGUUGAAGGCCUACAAACCGAGUCAUCCACUUUUCCGCUUGGACUAUCCACUUAUUUCCGUGUGCCUCACUUAUGAGGAGAUUCAAAGCCUGAAGAAGAAGUGUAUCAAGUACAGAGAACGUGCACAUGCAGCCUGUGGCACCGCUGAGGUCAGCAUACGUCGAAUAUUCGAAGCGCGUGCCGCGAAGAAGCGGCAAUUUUAUCAACGCGCAUGCCAACGCACUCGUGAGAAUCUCGAGAAGUGGUCACUAGAGCAGCACGAACUCGCAUUGCUUGCUGCUGAGCGCAAAAAGCGACGGCUCUAUGAAUUGACGACACAAUUGCAGAAUGCUCAACAGCGCAAAAUUGAUGAGCGUCGUGCGAAUGUUGAGCUGGAGUUGCGUUUACUGCGAGAAACCGAGAAACUGGAGGAGCAGCGUAUGCUGCGCGAAAAUAUCAAUCUUCGCAAGCGUAUCGAAUAUUACCAAGAGCUCAGUGAUAUGAUGCGCACCGAUACAGUGGGAAAAGUGGGCUCAAAUAAACAGCCGGAGCCACAAGCCAAACAAGAGCAGCCGUCGAAGUUAAGCCCGCAGAGUGAUGGCAGCGUUGAGAGUGCGCAAGCGCUCCAAACACCGGGCAGCGGCGGAACCGAUACUGACUUUGAGUCGUGUUGUGGGGAGGAGGCCAAAGACGGUGAUGCUGACGCGGACGCGGACUCAGUUUCGCUGUAUGCUGAAUGCUUAUCCGAGGAGUUCGUGCAAAAAUUCGAGGAGAAUGAAAACGAGCUACGCAUUAUUUGUGCGGAGACGACAGCGACGGGAGUAAUAAGUCGUGAGGCACAAGAGCAUGACAAGACACUGAUUAUGCUAUCAGAACCUGGCGAUGGCACACCACAGGAGGUCAGCUCAGAUACUAAUCUCCAUACCGAAUCGGGCUUUGCAACAUCCGACACGGCAGCACUGUCGGUUCAAGCUUCUAAAACAACAUUCCUGAAGCGCAGCGUUUCAGACGUGAUAAAUUCGAACGAGCCGCCAACAGGCAGUGUGCAACACAAUAUUAGCAGCACCACGGUGACCAUUUCACCAGCCACGCACAUUGAAACACUGACACCGAGUAUUACGGUACGCUCUGCAACAUCAGCGUUAGCCCCCAACGCAAUCGCUGAGCGAUCGCUUACCGAGGCACAACGCAACAAGUUACGUGUGCUCGCGCACGAGUUUGGCACCUAUAGCUCAACCGCCGAUCAACCAGUACAACCUGACAUUAAUCUAAAUACUCUGCCGGAUAGCGAGUUAACGGAAUUGCAGCGCAAUCGUAGGCGUAUGAUGCAGAACGAUCCUUUCGUUGAGUACAACAAAAGUCCGCUGGCCGAUCGCGCGCAUCUCAACCUGAAUUUGGACACGGAACGUGCACGCAACCGACGUCGUGUUCUAGAGAGUGAAUUCGAUAUACUCACUGGAAAAACGCCAUCGAGUACUACAUUCACAGUAGAGCAGGUUGCAACACCGAUGUCCACCACCUCUGACACGCCGCUCAUCGAGAGUGGUGCUUCAGAGUUGACUGCUGCAGUGGUGAAACAAAGUGAUCUUGCCAAUGGUAAUUUGCCGACGAAAACAGCUCUGAAAAUUAAUGUGGAGCUGGCAAAUGAGCCACAAGAGUCAGUGGAAAUAGAGAAACCGGCGGGUCGGCUGCCUGGUUGCCAUACUGCAGACACGCAGGAGGCGUCGGUUACGCCCGACUGCGCGUUAAACAGCGCAGGCUUGCAAGCCAAGCAAGGCUUUGAUUUUGUCGAUGCCGAGCGAGUGAAGAAGCAACAACAGGCAGCCGCUGUGGAGGCGCCUUUACAGCCGGAUACAAUGUCACUCACCUCCAGCGCUGAAGAGGAGGAAAUCGCCAUUCCAGUGCAGAACUACAAUGACCCUUACAAACGCAGCCGAGAGUUGCUCAAUAGCAAUUUUACCUGCGCCACACGCAGUCCGUUUAUACGCUUAAACAUGACAACUACUCCAAUGGUAGUGGCGACAAGGAAGUCACGCGAGUCGCUGGAACAGUUAAAAGUUAACAGCAUGAGUGUCAUCACGCUCACAGAAUUUCUUCAAAAAUCCGUAGUACUGCCUAUGACCACACAUCUCGAUUUGGUCAACAACGAGAUGAUGCGUCUGUUUCUCGAUGAGCUCCAGAUCUUAGAUCAUCUGCGUAGCUUGCGGCAUUACUUCUUUUUGAUGGACGGCGAAUUCGGUUCAAUCAUCUGUGAUGGCAUUAUUGGCAAACUGGAGACCGGUGCAAUGCCCGCGAAACUGCUUAACUAUCAGAUGCUGCACUCAAUACUCGACACCGCGCUUAGUUCAAGCAUAACAGGCAAUGACAAAAACGCCGAAAAUCUGUCCUUCACCAUUAGCGAUAUGCCACAAAAAUUCGAUCUCACUAAUCCGGGCGUGUUGAACGUGCUCAGCCUGAGCUAUCGCAUUGAAUGGCCGCUGAAUCUCAUACUUAAUCCCGAAACACUCGAGCAAUAUGGUAACAUUUUCAAAUAUCUCAUCAAAGUCCGUCGCAUCAGUUGGGUAUUGGAGCGCGCCUUUCAGAUACUCAAGGAGGCCGUGAAGAAGCACGGCAAAGGAAUACUCAAAUCGCCGCAAUAUCGUCAUGUGCAGUUUAUGCGCCACAAAUUCUAUCAUUUCGUGCAUGCGCUGCAGAAUCACAUCACCGCCAAUGCGCUGCAAUCAUCUUGGAAGACGUUUAAGGAUGAUCUGUUGCAGGCAAAGUCGAUUGAGGAUAUCUAUCGGAAGCACACAACCUAUGUGAAACGCAUUCUCUUCCUCUGCAUGUUGAAUCGACACAGUGUAGAGUUUUAUAACACAAUCGAAAAUAUAUUCAAAAUAUCGUUGCGAUUCUACAACAAUCUGAAGUCGCGCGAAUUCAAGCAACGCAGCGGCGACGAGUAUUUCACCCAUUCACGCUAUGAGAAAUUAUCCAAUGACGAACAGGAGUUUGAUAAGUUCAUUAAGUUCACGAUAUAUCUGGGUAAUAAGAUUGUGCGUCAUGGCUACCAGGAGGAGAUUGGCCAAUUAAUUGCUUUGAUUAAUUUCAAUCAGUACUACACUGCAAGUACUAUUCCAUAGUAGUUUAUGAAACGCUUUGUUUGAAUGAAUUUUUGAAUUCAAAUAUGAAACUCAUAAAAACUCAUUAUAAAACUUGAAUUUAAAUGUUACUAUGUAUUGAUGCCUGUCAUUAUGUAUAUGUAAUUUUAUUAUUAGUUAAU